AUGGGACGUAGAGGGCGCGAGGAAAAGAAGGAGGAGGCGUGUGGCAUGUGGCUGGACGCGGCGGCGCUGAAGAGGCGGAAGGUGCAGACACAUUUAAUCAAACCAGGCACCAGAAUGCUGACAUUGCUUCCUGGAGAGAGAAAAUGUGAUAUUUCUUUUAUUCAAAGAAGUACUCGGCAGACCAGUAUUGCAUCCUUUGUCACCUUGCAACCAGGAAUGGCAAAUGGUUGGAACCAGAAGAGCAUUUUAUCUCUCAAAGAAUGUAAGCGAACCCAGGGAUUGGGGGAUUGCUUGGUAUCACCUUUGACUACGUCAGCUCCUGCAGACAUCCAGGAAGCUGGACAUUCUCCAUCUCCCCAGUUCUCUAGCUGCCACAGUUUGGAAACACCGUCUUUGACUACAACAUCUUUGCUCCAACCUGACAUCCUGAUGGACGCUGGACUAAGUAAAGCCUCCCUGACUUCUUCCUUUACCCAGAACAUGGACAGUUAUUGUUUGCUGGACCAAAGAGAGGCCAGGAAGAAAAGGGAAUGGCUUCAUGGAUCUAAGACAAACUGUCCAGGCAUGAGAAGUCACAUUAGACCGUCUGGGGGUAAAUGCUAUCAGACCUUGAACAAAGCUGAACUGGGAGAAAAAGGGACUGCCAAGGAAAACAGGCAGGCCUCUGUGCAACUUCAAACCUACAGACUAGAAUCCUGGAGUAGGAAAAAACUGCUGUCGGUGGCAAAAAGCCCUCUCCUUUCUGUGUUUCCCUGGGAUGGUGAAAGAAAUGAGAGGGACUCCUGGAGUCAGCUUUUCACUGAGGAUUCCCAAGGCCAGCAGGUCAUUGCCCACUACACUAAAAUGCCUUUGCAAGAUAUAACCAAUGAUAGGAAUCAAGGCUCAGGGCUGUUUCCUGACAGCCCUCAGGCUCAGUGCCAAGAAGAGCCUACUCUGUUACAGCUGCAGCCAAACCUGCUCUUUACCCAGGACUCUGAAGGUAAUCGGGUUAUCAGACACUAGUUUUAAAUGUUUGUGUGGGUGUAUCUUGAAGUGGCAGAGAUGGAGGAAAGUUGAGUGGGGCUGGGUAGAGAGGAGGGUUUAGGUGAGAGGCCAUGUGGGCUGAAGCAGUUGUCCUUGUGGAACAUUGUGCUCAUGUAAAUAAAGCAAGCAGUGUGUUAGUAGACAUGCUUUUCUCUCAGGAAGGUGACUGGUGCAUUCCAUGGAUGGAUGCCAACUGAGACAGUAGGGCAGGACUGCUGACUGAAACCACUUCUCAGUUCAGAGUUGCUAUUCUGUUC